AAGUUUAUAAUCUAAUAUACCAUCCGUAUCAGACAUUUUAGUUACCUAAAGUUUGAAGGUUUUGGUUAGACGUUGUAUGAUACAUUUAUCUUCAUUGUGGCGGUGCGUCAGCUGGAUCAGCUCCUCCAAGUCCAGGCCGGGUUUUGACUUGAUCGCAACCCUGGGCGUACCGCUCGCAUUCAUAUCAAGGAUCAAGCAAUGAUGGGCUAACCAGACAAUCAUGAAACACGGCUCAUGCUUGGACUUGGAUCUAGCCGAUGCAACGGUCAAGCAUUGCAUAGCGCUUACUUGAAAGUUAUAAAAUGUUUACUCCUCUCCGAGUCCUCUCUACCCAUCUGACCUGGCUCCGCAUCUAGGCCAUUUUGAAUCGAGUCCGAGUAGCCGCUGAAUAUAAUGGCGCGCUGUAAGACUUGCACCACUCUAACCGUAGAGGAGUUGAGAAGCCACAUGACCUUCUUCCAUCCCAAUUUGCGAUCUCUCCGGGACUCUGCAACAGCGGGCUGCGACCUGUGUAUGCUAUGCUGGGUUUCCAUUCAACGGAAAUAUCCAACCAAUUCGAUCGAUUCUGUGCUGGAUGGUAGAUUCCCUGCUAAUUAUGAACGCGCAGGGCAGCCCUUGGAUGACGAGCGUGUCUGGUUAACGGGGAUGUUCUCAGACUUGUUCUUGUUCCGCAAUCCAAAAGAGUUAGAUAAUACCACCGGCACAGACAAGACUAAUAACCAAGCCGGUAGUCAUGUGUGGGUAGAUUGUGGCAGCGAAGCGGACCCAGAGGCCAGCGUCGCAAAGGAAAUUUUACAUAGUGAGCUCAGCGUAUUUGCGGAUCCGGGGACGCCUGCUGCUUCUCAGUUCAUAGAACGCCUUUUCGCGGCAUUUAGGAAUAAGGAUAGGGAAGUCGACUUUGCUCGUGUGCUCUUGGAUGGAUGCCAGAAAAGGCACCCGGAGUGUAGAAAUACGGACGAAAAUACGUCGCCGGAAAUGCCUACUCGUGUUCUAGAUAUCGGAGACACCCCAGGAUGGACAAGAUUAGUGCAGCCGCAGCAAUUAGAACUGCGUGAGCCGUACCUCGCACUAUCCUAUUGCUGGGGUCAAGGUGUACGGCACACGACAGAGUUGAAUGAUGGAAACUUUACAUCUUUGCUGGAACUAAUUGACGAAGACACUUUAUCAGCAACACACAAAGAGUGCAUUGCUAUCGCCCGUCAGUUGGGUAUCCGCUACAUCUGGAUCGAUUCUCUCUGUAUUAUUCAGGGGAAUCUCGAGGACUGGAUGUAUGAGUCAAAAAGAAUGGCAGAAGUAUACGGUAAUGCGACACUGACUAUUAUUGCUGGACGAGCCGCAGAUAGUCGUACAGGAUUUAAAGUGAAUAAUAUGGAACAGAUAGUACCCCCUUGUCCAAUACCAUCGACUGAAUAUUCGGAUGGCCUUCAUUUAUGGUUACCCCGUAGAAAGGAAGAGGGGCCUGUCAGUACCAGGGGUUGGUGUUUCCAGGAAAAAGUACUCAGCAGAAGAGCGCUUGUCUAUGCGAAGGAGCAAGUGUACUUCUCGUGUCAACGGUCGAAACUCUGGGAAGAUGGCACAUUAGACGUACAAGAUCCAUCACAUUUGCGAAUAGGAUUAUUCCCGGACCCUUCGGAAGAUAUCGAUGCGGAGUCCAAGAGAAGUGAGCAAAAACAGCUACGCACCUGGAUGCUAAAGCAGUGGUACAAGGAAAUCCUUCCAGAUUAUACACUACGCCGCUUGACAAAUCCGGAUGACAUAUUCGCUGCCAGCAGCAGUAUCGUUCAACUAACACGGAGAAGUAUCAGGUCUCGCUAUCUAGCCGGUGUAUGGGAGGCAGAUAUGGUUCGUGGCCUACUGUGGUGUACCUCGUACUCGGUCAAAUGGAUUCUGAGAAUUUCAUCCUGGCCUAAACCCAUAAGACCUGUUGAUAGAGAUGGACAGACGGUCACUAGAGCGCCGUCAUGGUCGUGGGCAUCGGUCCAAGGCCAAAUAUAUACUCGCCCAGAAUAUAUACGGCAGGACAAGUCUUUCCAGGACCCAACUAACGUCCUCAUACGGCCCUCAUCUUCAUCCAGCAAAUCGGAUUCGCCAAAUGCCGCCCAAACAUCGGCUCCGUCGCCACGGGAAUCCACUCCAGGAUGGACCCUUCUCGAAGAUCCCAACUGCGAUGCCAACAUACUCUACAUGCCCAUCUGCGAGCUCGCCUUCUUCGGCCGUCCCAAACGCGCCCGCUGCACCGCCGCCACACAGUCCGAACUCGCCGCGUUCCCGAGGAUGGGCUGGCCGCAGCGCCGCCUUGCCCUCGCGGAGCAAGGCUUCGUGGCGCUCCUCCAGCCCUCUGAGGCCGAACAUGCAACGCUGGAGGAGCUUAAAUUACCUACGAAUCAGGGUUUUGCUAUCACCUGUUUCGAUAUAGCCGAGGAACGUGCAGGGGUCGAGGACUGCUGGUUUCUGCCCGUUCUUAAGGACAGACGAGAGGGGUUGCUGCUGCGUAAAGACGAAUCGGACGGAAAAUUUCGGCGCCUGGGUCUUGUGGUAUUAGUAAAAGAGCAGUUUCUACCAUGGUUAAUCAGUGGACCUGAGGAGGAAGUUCAUUUAGUCUAGUCACCAGAAGACUGUCCCACGGAACCUCGCCCUAGUUUUUGUCUUCGUAA